AUGCAAUUCGAUAUAAGAAGAUUCGAUAUUUAUCGAAAAAUUCCUAAAGAUCUGACACAGCCAACAACUACUGGUGCUGCUAUAUCACUUAUUUGUAUUUCAUUUAUUUCAACAUUACUCCUUAUUGAGCUUUAUUAUUUUAUAACACCCGAUGUUAUAAGUGAAUUGUUUGUUGAUAUACCAGAAGGUGGUGUAGCUGAAAAAAUACCAGUACAUAUCGAUAUUAGUGUAUCGGAAGUUGGUUGUCAAUAUCUUGGUAUUGAUAUCCAAGAUGAUCUUGGUCGACAUGAAGUUGGAUUUCAUGAAAAUACAAUGAAAAUACCAGAAAAUAAUGGUGCUGGUUGUCGUAUAAAUGCUACAUUUAAAAUUACUCGUGUACCUGGUAAUUUUCAUGUUUCAACACAUUCCGCAGCAAUUCAACCUCAAAAUAUUGAUAUGAAACAUGUGAUACAUGAUUUAGCAUUUGGUGAUACAAUUAAAGGUUUUCGACAAAUUCCAAAUCGAAGAGCAUUCCGUCCAUUAAAACGUUUUAAUAAUACAAAUAAUAAUAAUCGUGUGUCACACGAUUAUUUAAUGAAAAUUGUACCAACAAUUUAUGAGAAUCUUAGUGGAAAUCGUCGAUAUCCAUUUCAAUUUACAUUUUUCUAUCGGGGAUUUGCACCAAAUCAGCCUGGCGCUCCACCGGCAAUAUGGUUUCGCUAUGAUAUUAUGCCAAUAACUGUUAAAUAUACAGAACGUCGACAAAAAUUUUAUACAUUUAUAACAUCAAUAUGUGCUAUUGUUGGUGGUUCAUUUACAGUAGCAAGUAUUCUUGAUUCGCUUAUAUUUACAGCAAGUGAAUUAUUUAAAAAAUUUGAACUUGGUAAAAUGACAUGAAUCUCCUUCAAUUAAUUUCAAAAACAAUUAACUUGCCGACUAACAUUGCAUUCAUUUUUCUUUUUUUAGAGUCUCUUUUUUUUUUCAUCGUUAACAUGUAUUGUUUUUAGAAUAACUAAUAUUUUUAUUUAAGAAUCUCAUAAUAAAGUGAUAAUAUUUUAAAAAAUAAUUUCUAUUGCGUGUAUAGAUAAUAAAUAUAUAUGUCAAAGAUAAUGAAAUUCCCAUUGAAAUUUUCAAAAGGUAUAUAGACAACAGAUUUUUAUGUAAUGGUUAACAAUGAAUGUUAUUAAUAAAAUGAUCGUGUAUAAUAUUUAAUGAAAAGAAAUGCAAAUCUAUUGACAUUGACAUAUUGAGUGUACAUGAUUAACUUUCUGUCAAAUAUGACUAUCUAUUUUACUCAUGAGGAAACAAAAGAAGAAGAAGAUUGUUGAUGUCUCAUCCAAUUUAUCAAUGGUUCCGAUCACACUAGUAGUUUUCUUUGACAUAAUGCUACUUGUACUCAUUUGUUGUUUUCUUCUCAAGAGAAUUUAUUCUGUAUUUUGUUAGUCAACAUUAACACAUAAUUAUAAUUACAUCGCAUUUUGACUUUUGUCUGUCAAGAAAAUAAUGUAAGUCAUAUUUGUUCUUUUGUUUUUGCUUAACUGUUUAGUUAGAAUUGUUUUUUUGUCAAUGGAUUUUGCGGAUGAUUGAUUCGUAACAAGAUUUUUCUUUAUUAUCUAAGUGUAUGC